AUGACGAGCACUUGUCCAUGGAGCUCUCAAUCCUCUGAUCUCGGGAGGCCGCAGCUGAGCAUGCAGGCGCUAAUGGACGAGGCAUUGGCGCAAAGUCUGUACGAACAGGAGAUGGACGCGCUGCAUCGGAAACUCAACCCCGAGAGUCAGAGCGAUGUCUUUACGAACAUCCAGCGCAGCAAAGAGCGACGCGAGCAGGACCGGACCAAGGACCUUUUGAGCGCUGACAGCGUCGAUGAAGGGGUGCUCGAAGCUGCUGGUGAGAGCUCUGGCGCUCCUGUGAACGUACUGGUGCGCACCCCAGCUGCUGUGACAGGUGCAGCAGCUCUUGCCCGUGCCCAAGUGGCAGGUUCGUUGUCUAUGGAGGACGCAGAUCUGGGCGCUGGACGGGGUAAGGGGUUCACAUCACUGCGGGAGAGCACGCGACGUCAACAGAAGAGCGAGAAGAAGGGCUUUGGAGCUGGUCGAGUGGAGGCAGAGGCGCACGCGACGACGGACGGCGUCAUGGACGAGCGCACGACGUUGAUCCUGCAGAAGAUGAUCAAUCGAGGCGAGCUGGACGAGGUACACGGCUGUGUACAGAGUGGCAAGGAGGCCCAUGUGUACUUUGCUAUGGGUACGGACGAAGCAACGGGGCAGCCGGUGCAGUUGGCGGUCAAGAUCUUUCGCACGACGCUGAACGAGUUUAGCAAUCGACACGAGUAUGUGACGGGCGAUCGUCGCUUUGAUUUGAACUUUCAGAGGAAAGACCAACGUCGGCAGAUUAAGGCGUGGACGGAAAAGGAGUACCGUAACUUGCGUCGUAUUGCCAGGUGUCACAUUCGUGCCCCAGUGCCAGUCGUGUGCAAGGAGCACGUGCUGGUGAUGUGGUUUGUAGGCGCUGACGGAUGGCCGGAGCCGACGUUGAAAGACGUGGUGAACGAUCUGUCGCUGAAGCUGCAGGCUCGCGCUUAUGCUGAUGUUCUCCAGGCUACGCGAGGGCUGUAUCAACGUGCUCGCUUGGUUCACGGCGACUUGAGCGAGUACAACAUUCUCUUUUCAGUCCAGGAGAAGCGGAUUUGGCUCAUUGACUUUGGUCAGACUGUGGACCGCACACACCCGGACACGGAGAAGUUUUUGAAGCGGGAUUUGCACACGAUCAACCGCUUUUUUCAGCGUGGCGAUCUGCUUGAGGCUACAAUUGACGAAGUUGGACUCCUAUCUGAUGAGAAGGCGUAUGAGUACGUGGUGAGCAAGAAUGCGAAAGAUGUGCUGCUCGACUUUCCUGCUUUGGCGGCGCUGUUGGAUGAGCUGGCUGAUGUGCCUGAGAUCAUUGAGGAGGAGGAGGAGGAGGAGGAAGUCGAACAGGCAGGAGGCGACGAGGAAAUCGAAGCUGGAGAAGACGCGCUGGUGGAAGGUGCCGACAUGUCAACCAAUGUUGGGCGUGGGGCCGUUCAAGCCGAGACGGCGCAAGCAUCGUCGGAUAGGGAGUGCGACGCGCCGUGA